GGACCUGUUUCCCACAGCAAAUGGCGGACGACGCCGGUGCUGCGGGAGGAGCGGGAGGCCCCGGGGGCCCCGGAGUCGGAGGCCGAGGUGGCUUCCGCGGUGGCUUCGGCAGUGGGGGCCGAGGUCGAGGCCGGGGACGUGGCCGAGGUCGGGGACGUGGUCGCGGGGCCCGGGGAGGAAAGGCCGAAGACAAGGAGUGGGUUCCUGUUACUAAGCUGGGCCGGCUAGUCAAGGACAUGAAGAUCAAGUCUUUGGAAGAGAUCUAUCUUUUCUCCCUUCCUAUCAAGGAGUCUGAGAUCAUAGACUUCUUCCUGGGAUCCUCUUUGAAAGAUGAGGUUCUGAAGAUUAUGCCUGUGCAAAAACAAACUAGAGCUGGACAACGGACCAGGUUCAAGGCUUUUGUGGCCAUUGGUGACUAUAAUGGCCAUGUUGGCUUGGGUGUCAAGUGCUCCAAGGAAGUGGCCACAGCUAUUCGUGGUGCCAUCAUUCUUGCCAAGUUGUCCAUUGUUCCUGUGAGACGUGGCUACUGGGGAAACAAGAUUGGCAAGCCUCACACAGUGCCCUGCAAGGUCACUGGACGUUGUGGAUCAGUUCUGGUGCGCCUCAUUCCUGCCCCUAGAGGUACUGGCAUUGUCUCAGCUCCUGUGCCUAAGAAACUCCUAAUGAUGGCUGGAAUUGAUGACUGCUACACUUCUGCAAGAGGCUGCACUGCCACUCUGGGCAACUUUGCUAAAGCUACCUUUGAUGCCAUUUCCAAAACAUACAGUUAUCUAACCCCAGACUUGUGGAAGGAGACUGUGUUCACCAAGUCUCCCUAUCAGGAAUUUACUGACCAUCUUGUGAAGACUCAUACUCGUGUGUCUGUCCAGAGGACUCAGGCAGCUGCUGUGGCAACUACAUAAAUGUUUUUUUAUAAACAAGGAAUAAAUUGAACUACGCCUGUUAA